UGUAGCUCGUCGAAUUUGAGAGUUGAUAUUUGGGACGUACGAGGUUGUGUUGUGUCGUACUAUAACGGUACAUCAAGCACUCUAAAUUAUACGUGGGGUGGCUGUACCUUUGUGGGCUGGAUAGCUUGCGAUUGAUCACCCACCAUCCGACACGCUUGUGAGCUCGUCUACCUUAUCGACAAGUGCCUGCACCACCUACAGCUAUUUCCAGACAGCUAAGGCGGGGCUCUCUAUUCACCACCUUCUAUCUAAUAUUCGUUUGCACCACGCCGCCCAAAAGCUUGUUAUUACCAUCGUUGCCUAUCCACAACCCCUCCACAUGGCGAUUCUACACAGCACGACAUCCGAAGCAGGUCUGUGAUUUCGAAGUCACUGUGCCUAAUCACACAGUACCAGAGCACCUUGCCAAUCAGUGCUCUGGUUCGGCCAGAUGGACCUCGAAGCGAUCGAAGUGUCGCGAGAACGUGCGGUAUCGUCCGAGCCGUGUUCAAGUCGACCUAAACCCUUCGACGAUUCCGAAUACUCCGCAAGAAAGAGGCAGCGUGUCUCGAGCGGAUCACGAAGCAGAUCAGCGGAUACUAGCAAGGCUUCAUCGACUUAUGUUACGACUCCCAGGGAACACAGCCCAUCGAUAGAGGCUAGGCUCACUCAACCACGGACGCCCUCUCGAACUCACUCGAAUAAAGCCAUACCAGAACCUACAUCGAGCAAGGUUACAAUCAACCUAAGGUCGAACAAAGCAAUCGACCUGGCAUCGUCUCCUUCCUUCUCCCCCACCACGCCGUCGAAAAUGUCGGGCACAGAUCAAAUCCCACAACUGGACAUAGAAGUGGAUUCAGAUGGAGUUGCUGCCCCUCUAGAGACUAUUUCCUCUUCCUCGUCAACGUUGGGAAGCCCAAAGGUGGAACUCAUUAUGGAGGAUGAGGAUAUCGAAUAUGGACAGAGCCCACCUGUGGCCGUUAUCGACGACGACGACGAACUUCUUUUUGACUGCGACCCCGUCCUGGACUUCCCAUACGCAUGUGGAAAUGAGCCAGUGAUGGUAACCGUUCGCAAAAUUGCACACUUCUUCGAACAUGACGCCGUGGAUGGCGACGACAUGUUCUGCAGAUUAAGAGACUGGAUGGCUAGCUAUCUCCAGCUUACGAAGGACUCCGAAGUCUCUUGGUUUGAGUCCUACGAGAAACACACAGAGUUCUGGAAUAAGUUUCCUGACAUCGUCACGGCUCUUAGCCGACGAAGAAGUUUUUUUGGGAACUUCUUACAGAAGAGUCGCGACAGCCGGCUGGCUCUAUCAGAGUUUUUCACGCAAUAUGCGGAACUUACGGCGCGCUUUGUGGCGAUGGAUGUUAGAACUCUUGCCAAGUACGAGGAGGAGCUUGACGACCAGACCCCGCAACCUAUGCUGGUUUCCAAACCAUAUCUUUUGGCCUUUGGGUGGCUACUUCAGAAAAGGGACUUCAACAUUGGCCAAAACUUGGAACAACACUACCGCUUCGACUGGGGUGAAGAAGUGAGCAGCAUGGUGAGGCAUUUCAUCGAUGGCGUCGGCAGUAUACCUGCACUCACUCGAUUUGUUCGAGGGCACCUGGCGAUAAUAUCCAAAUAUCCCAAGGGAAUCGAAGAUUUGACCGAACCAUCACGCAUCGUUGACCUGGCAAUCUCCUCCAGUUUAUCAUAUUACAACAAUGCCGGUCCCGCGUACCGGUCCCCAAUGGAGAAUAGCGAGCUACUUAUCAAACAAGGAUACCAAUUCUUCAAAGUCCUUGCGCCAGCCCUUGAUACUAUUAUCGAGAAGCAUGCGACAAUGUUGACAGCCGAGGCUGCUCUCGUACACAUAAUUGGACUCUCUCGGGUUUAUCUUGCAGCCUUGAACUUGGAGAACUCUCCCGUCGAAGAAUCCAUCCGCGAUCAAUUGCGGUCGCAUCCCACCAUGCCGCCAAAGUACAAUGGCAUAGUCAUAUCUGCCGAGUGGAAGUUUUCCAUGCUCAAGAAGAUUAUUGGGUGUGGCCAGAUGCAGUUGCGCGUAUGUGGAGUGACGACUAUGUGCACAGAACUUCUGAGCCUCUACACGAAGCAUAAACGGGAGGAUUCAUCUCGCCAACCAAUCCUCAUUCAUUUCGCCGAAUAUAUUAUGGCGAAUAAGCUCGUCGACUACAUAGUUGGAACUGGUUCCCACCCCGAGCUCAUCAGCGAAAGUGGCAAUAUUGUCGGUUUCCUCAUGGCAACGAAGUCUUACACAAACAAGGAAACAGAUACCAUUUGGCAAACAGUCACAACAAGUCAAGAUCCACGAGUGGUAGAAGCAGUCCUCCGAAUGCUCGCCAGUGUGCUCAAUCUGCUUGACUAUGACAAGUUGCUCUAUCUGUGCGACAAAGUAAGCGCUCUACCAAUUGAAGCGUUUACGCCGGCCAUGAGAGAUCAUUGCCAAAGAGUAAUUGAUCUUUUGAUUGAGAAAGCUUCUGGGGAUGAUAAGACCGAAUAUCUUGAUGCACCGCCCUAUGAACUCUGCAUUCGGCUUAUCAGAGAAUCAUCUAUGCCUCGUCCAGAUGCACCCCUGGGCCUCCUGGACGUACAGCAUUGGGCAACGAACCGGCUCCGCGAACUUGUUCGCCAUGGCCCAGAAGCUGGGAUCCGGAAUAAGAUCUACCUAGCUUCUAUCCAAGACAUAGCAAGCAGAAGCCCAACUGCUUCUGGCAGCAUUUGUGCACUCUAUGGGCUACUGAGCCAAAAUCUCGGAACUGAUCUGCGUAUUCUUACAGUAGAGCGUGAUCUCACAGAGAUAAUGAUCGAGGAAGUUGAAUAUACCAAUCGCCCCCAAGAACCGAACUCGCUAUCACCAAAUUUCAACAGCCCUGCUCGCCAAGCUCGACGGGACCUCCUCCUUGCAAUCAUUCUUAAUGAACCAAGGUCCAUAACGUCCGAUCUCGGUGAACGGCUAUGGACUGCUUUUGUUGGGCAAGGAGGGCAAAGCCCAGCGGAUAGAGAGACAGCAUGGCAGAUACUGAAUAGUGCGGCCGCCAAGGUGUCGUCAAGGAACGUCUUCAUUGCGACGUGCUUCGAAAAAUACCUGCCAAAACUUGAGCCUCAAUGUUACACUAUCGGAUCCUUGGACUUUACUAGAGAGGCCAUCCGGGCAUGGUUGCGAGGCGUACAGGGAGACCUGUUGGAUGAGGACACAGCAUCAGGAUCCCAUGGGCUUGAGCAUCUUUGGAGAAUGAUUUUGACAGCUCCACCAAAUUCGAUUGAAGACCCAGCUAUCAACAUGCUGGUUGAGCUCUAUGUGGAUAGUCCGAUGAUUCAAUCAAUGGCUCGACCGAGGGCCCAUGCUGUGCAUUUGAGGCUGGUUAAUCGUUGUUUGGAGCAAAUGUCAUAUGCCGCCGGAAAGUUGAAGGGUUCCAACAAUGUCGCUGCCGGUGACGAUGAACCAAUGACCAUCGUUUCAACAGAGCAGUCCGUUGGCGAAGAAGAACUGAUAUUCACACGCUCACUGGUCCUUCUUCGUGAGUUUUUACGGGCGUAUCAGUUGAAGCCAUACUUUGCGGUGCCAAAGCCAAGACCCACAGAGCCCGGGCCUUCCACAGAAGUAAAAGGCAAGACACUGGAUUUCAAAUAUCAAAUAUUUGAUGGCCAGGAGCAUGGCCCUGUGAGCGGUUUGGAGGUUGGCAAAUCGAAUACCGUGGCGGAGCUUUUUGCUAUUGUCGAAAUAACGACCAAAUUCAAGAAUUUUAAGCUCUACCAUUGGGGCGCGGAGAUUUCUGACAAUGCGAGUAACCAAGGAGUCACAUUGGAGGACCUGCAAAUUGGAAAAGGCUUAGUGCUCGUUACCCGGCAGGACGAUGAGCAACCACGAGGCGGGAGCCCAAAAUCGAGAACGACGAGCCUGGAAGUUGAGGUCAUAAACCAUUUUGACGCCUUUUGGGACUAUCUUGGGAUGGAAGAAAGGCUUUCAAAGGAGAUCUAUCAUUUUCUCGUCAAAUUUCCGGUCUAUCCUAAACUUCUCGCCGCGUUUGAGGAUGAUACCACGGCCUGGACUGAAAUUUUCCCCCUUGGGCAGCCUUUCAAAUGCUUAUAUGCAGUCUAUGCCCUGCGCGAAACCCUAGAAGCUCGAAUGCGACAGGGAAAGCCCGAUAGCCGUAUCCUGUCCAGAUCACUCGGUCUGAUAGUCUCUGCUAUUACAAAUCAAGAAGUUCUUGAUAGUUGUGCAAAUGAGGACCUCAGAAGCCUCCUUGCCCAAGCACUUGUCGAAUGUCUCAUGCGGUUGCUGCGAGAGCCCAUUCCAGUCGAGACUGUCACGAACUGUUUGACAACAACUCUCCUGGAGUGUCUUUUGCAGAUCUUGGAGUCUGCUCGCUUGAGUAAAGCGUCGGAGAACUCCAUUCAAAUGGUCUCCAGUGCUUUUGAGGCUAUUUUAGAAGCUUCCCUUAAUAGCCGGUCUUUCUGGACAAGCUUUAUUACAGCACCAUUUACUCCCGAACUCAUCAGUGAACUUCUCUUGGAAGAUCACCGAAGUUCAUUGCGGAAGAGUAUUAUGAAGCAGAUGACGAGCAAGUGUACCUUUACACCAAGUUUGUCUGCUCUUUCGACGCUGGAUGUCACUACAGCUUUCUGGCCUCUUCUUCGUGACAUGAUUCCCUCCGCAGUGUCACUUCCCGACCAGUGCGAAGAGGCUCUCUCUGUUGCGCUCCUGGUGUUUCGAAACCUCGCCGAGUCGUCAGUUGGCAGCGUGGAUCUGGACGCAUGUCUAUUUCAGUGGGGCACACUUUUAACCCAACAUACGGCACAAGAGACUGUAGGGUCCACAGAUGAAAUUGAUGUUAUUGCCCGAGGGCUCUCGAAUCUCCUGUACUGGUGUACAUCAUUUGCCAAAGCUUCUGAGCAUCCGAUACCUUCGAAUCAAUUGGGCAUACAGCUGUUCAAUAAACACUUGUUCCCUCCCCUCUCUGAUAUGGAAGAUGACGAUAUAUUCCCAGAGAAUGUACCAGUCUUGAACUCGACAACUCGCAGAUAUCUCGCGGAUGCAAUCGUAAAUUUAACCAGAGACGAUGUUGAACAGUACAAGGAAAUAAUGAAUCAAAUGGAGAGUCUCGCGCCGUACGAUCCUAACGAUGACAUUCCCUAUGCAUUUGAUCUCCAGCAUGGUUUUGAUAGGUCUAAAUAUUUGCGCUCGCCGACUGGAUACGUUGGCUUGAAGAACCUAUCGAACACAUGUUACUUGAACUCUCUGUUCACCCAACUUUUCAUGAAUAUCUCUUUCCGAGGCUUCAUGCUGAACGUCCCCUUAUUAGAGGACCCCUUGUCAGAAGGCAGUUCGAAUCAGAAACUGCUCGCUGAGACUCAAAAGCUCUUCGGAUUUAUGCAAAAUAGCUUCAAACGAUUCAUCGACCCAACCAGCCUUGCACUCUCUAUUCGCACAUAUGAUGAUACCAACAUUGAUGUUAAUAUCCAGAUGGAUGUGGAUGAAUUCUACAAUCUACUCAUAGAUCGCUGGGAGAGCCAGAUAUCAUCUCCAGAAGACAAGCUACUAUUUCGGUCUUUCUAUGGUGGGCAGCUGGUUCACCAAGUGAAAUCCAAGGAAUGCCCGCAUAUUUCGGAGAGUCUAGAGCCAUUCUCAGCCAUACAAUGCGACAUUAAAGGCAAAAGUUCGCUUCAGGAAAGCCUUCAGGCCUAUGUUGAUGGCGAAGUCAUGGAAGGAGACAACAAGUAUAAGUGCUCGACAUGUGAUAGGGAUGUUAAUGCGGUAAAAAGGGCCUGCCUACAAGACGUCCCCGACAAUCUGAUUUUCCAUCUCAAGAGAUUCGACUUCAACCUGCGUACCAUGCAACGGGGCAAGAUCAACGACUACUUCAGCUUUCCCCAUAAGAUCGACAUGCGUCCGUAUAAAGUGGAGCAUCUUAUGGAUGGGGAAAUACCAAGCGAUAUGUUUGAACUUGUUGGAAUACUUGUUCAUUCAGGGACUGCGGAGUCUGGCCACUAUUACUCGUACAUUCGAGAGAGACCAUCGCAUGGGAAGCAUCCAGCAUGGGUUGAAUUCAAUGAUGAUCAUGUCACUUCUUUUGACCCCAACAGUAUCGAAGCCAGUUGCUUUGGCGGCCUUGACUACCGUGGUCCCGAGAAUGGGUCAUUUCAAUUUGACAAGAGCUGGAGUGCAUAUAUGCUUUUCUACCAGCGGUCAUCUAUCGUCGAGGAACACCAACAAGAGCUAAUAGCUACCAACCAACGCACAUUCCAACUGCCAAUACCGCAGCUCUUCAGCAAUUACAUAACUCGCGAAAAUGAAAUGCUCCUAAGGAAGUACUGCCUUUACGACGAGUCACAUGCGCACUUUGUGCUAAGAAUGAUGGAUAAUGAUCAACAUUUUCGUCACGGACGCUCGCCAGAUGACCACAGUCUAAGCAGAUUGGCAUUAUCAACUACCCUGCUUCAUCUGGAUCAAGUCAUCGCGCGAGCGAAAGAUCUUCCGGAUUUCGGCACGUACAUGCUGACAUUAUGUCACAGACUGAAAUCCUGCACUGAUUGUUGCGAGGACUUCUUAGAUUGGCUGGCACACCACCAAGAAGCAUUUAGACAGCUAUUGAUGCGAAACCCAGAUCAUAUGGUACGGAGCGAAAUUGCUUUGGCUGUUGUCGCAGCACUCAACAAAGUGAAAGAAGAUGCCACAUUUGACUACGGUUUAAGUGGAUAUGGCAGUGAAGUUGAGGACGAUGUUGAAGUUAUCGAAAGCCCAAGGCUGUUCGCCAAGGUAGUCGGCAUACUACUGAGGUUCUGGGAUAGUUUCCACAUGAGCAUAAAGGCCUGGCCAGAAUAUUUUGGCCUCCUAAUUCGCAUUGUGGGACUAGGCACCUUUGAGACAGCCUCCCUUCUUGACGCGGGGUUCCUCCUCAAAGUACUCGAAGUUUUGACUGCAGAUUCGGCUCUACCGCCACACCCGCAGUACACGCGUAUGCUUGCUAUUAUCCACAAAAGACCAGUUACGAGACCUGUCUCGUUGGAGAAUAUCAUUGGUUUAUUGGAGGUUUUACUCAAAUCGUGCGAUCUCGCUGCUGGGCGCGUCUCAGAGCGUAUAAGUCGACUUGCCUUGGCAGAAGAAGACACACUUCUACCACUCAGUAUCCCCGAGUAUAAUCUUCUUAUCCAGCACUGGACAAGAGGCAAUAUGAACAUUUUGACAGAGAAGUUGCUGAACUAUAACCAGAAUCCACGAUCGACACAGGCAGUAAUUGGACUUCUGCUGGAACACUUUGACGAUAGUUACACUAGCGUCUUCAAUGCAAUACGCCAGGGUAUUCGCAAGGCGCCCAGCACAACGUCGUCAGCACCAUUUCUUGCUGCUGCUGUGACAUAUUGCCGCACUGUAGACUCGCUGGAAGCCAUUGAAAAGAUGGUUUACCAUGUCAGCAACGUCGCUCGCGGGAUUGACAACUCUGAGGGUAGAGAUUUUCUUCGAUUCUUCAAAGAGCUUCUUGAAGUUCCCUCCAAAAACCCAAAUAUCGACCACGGUGCAUUCUUCCGCUUUGCCGUUGACCAAAUUCAAGUGUGGGCACCUAGCCUGCUUACUUAUUACGACUCAGCAAUUCGGCGCGGAACAGAAGACUAUCUUCAAUCAACACUCUUCCGUCAUGGAGCGCAGCUACCUGACGAUAUUUCAGUUGAGGCUCACGCGAAUUCUCAAGUCAUCACAUCUACCAUACGGCUACUUGGUAUUGCAUGCCUUCGAUACCUCCAUGAGAAACACGUCAGGCGGAGGGCAGAAGCGGUGAAGGCCAACAUCGUGAAUAUCCUGGCUGUCAUUGAAUCUUGCAAGCCAUACUACGAUGACGCGAUCGAGAACCCUGACGAAAUACCAUUCCAAGACUAUUAUACCAGCGUGCUUUCGCAGCUGAAGAAGCUGACAGUUGACGAACUGGCUGAAGAUGAGGUUUCAGAAUGGGAGAAUUCCGAGGACGCAUUCAGCUCGUCUGAAGUAUUGGAUCCCGUAUCGGAUAUUUGUGGCCCCAGCGGAAAUGAGAUGAAUGAUACCGAUGUUUAGAUCUGGGUACGAACUUGGACGACGUAACGAAUUCCGCUAUUCGCGGAUGGCUCUUGGCGCAGUUUUUGAAGGUUUUUACAUUAGCGACCGGCGUACAAUUACGGAUAACGAAUGGGGAUAUGGUGGGCUCGCCGGAUUGCAGCAAAAACGGUCAUAGAGGCAUAACACAUGGAAAUGGCGCGUCGGCGUAUGUAUGAGAUAUCGCGCUACUCUGCAGGCAGCAGAAUUGCUUCUAGGUGCGGGGCAGAACGACUUCCAGAAGCAUAAUUGGUUUCUGAUUGUUUGGUUGUUGCUGCUCGUUGGUGGUCGUUUUACCUGAUCUUGCGAUAAAUAGCACGGCAUAACAGGCGGAAGACAUGCAAGCUACAGUUAUUGAUACCUUGAAAACCUGCAAACAGGCAUUUCACCUGUUGCUAGAGAUUUCCCUGAGUGAUUGCAAUGACCUGUUGCAUUGACGUUUGUUUCUGCCAUGUGAAAUCCACCGCAAAUUCUAGUUAUGAAGCACAUGAACCAGCAUAUAUCAGAAUGUAUAGUGUAGGAUAUUAAAAAG